AUGCAAUUUUCCAAGUCUUGGAAGAAGGGCGAACCGAUGUUCCUUGCAACUAUGAAGAUGGAUAUAGUUCAGAAGGAAGUCCAACUCGUCCCGAAAGCUGUGGAGGCAAUCCUUAAGGAGUUUGCAGAUGUCAUGCCCAAGGAGUUGCCAAAAACCUUACCACAUAGGAGAGAGGUGGAUCAUGCCAUUGAGUUGGAACCGGGUGCCAAACCCCCUGCCAAAGCGCCGUACCGGAUGGCACCUCCUGAGUUGGAGGAAUUGAGGAAGCAGUUGAAGCAAUUGUUGGAUGCUGGGUACAUCCAACCGUCCAAGGCCCCUUAUGGUGCCCCAGUUCUUUUUCAGAAGAAGAGGGAGGGAACACUGAGGUUGUGCAUCGACUACAGGGCGCUAAACAAGGUGACUAUAAAAAACAAGAGGGGAGUCAUUCAAGAAUGGGAGCCACCAACCAAGGUACCUGAGUUGCGGUCUUUCCUUGGAUUGGUCAACUACUAUCGCAGGUUCAUCAAGGGAUAUUCAGCCAUUGCCGCCCCCUUGACGGAUUUGCUUAAGAAGAACAAGGGAUGGCAGUGGACGUCUCGAUGCCAGCAUGCCUUCGAUGAGUUGAAGAGGGCACUUAUGGAGGAACCCGUGCUGAGACUUCCUGAUCUUAGCAAACCGUUUGAGGCUAGGUGGCAAGACUUUUUGGCGAAGUUCGACUACAAACUAGAGUACAAGCAAGGGAAGACGAAUGUCGUUGCCGAUGCCCUAAGUAGGAAGGCCGUACUUGUAGCUGUUGUACAACCCCAGAGUUCUCUCAUGCAGAGGAUACGAGAGGGCUUGUUGCAUGAUCCCCAAGCCAAAAGUCUGUUGGAGCUUGUUAAAGAUGGGAAGACAAGGAGAUUUUGGCUUGAUGAUGACGUUCUUUAUGCAACAGGGAAGAGGAUCUAUGUUCCAAGGUAG